CCCCAAACACUUUUUUUGUGGCGCUAAAAUUGAAACGAAAAACGGUCGGUUCAGGUAACUUGGACGCCAUAGCCGCAGAGAGCUUGCUUUCUAAGUUUCAAUGCGCUGCGAGGCUUGCUCUUCAUCUUCGCUCUGUGCUCGCUAUGGACCGGUUUCCACAACCGCGCCAAGCCGGAGCUCGCUCAAGAGCCGGCCUUCCUUCUUCUACUUCUUCAACUGCAAGCCCUCCAUUUCUUGUUCCACCAACCGUCCCACAGAUUCUUCGUCAUCGUCUUCUUCGCUUUCUACCAGCUCGUAUAGCCGUAGAUGGUACAACCCCCUUAGACGGAGGCAGCUUGAUGAAGCUCCGGAUAUUGAGCGCCAUUGGGUCGAAGCUGAUCAGCCGCCUCUCGCUUCCCUAGAGAGAUUUACGGUUGCUUCAUAUAAUAUAUUGGCGGAUAGAAAUGCUUCUUGGCACAAAGAUCUAUACUCUAAUGUGCCUUAUUCUUACAUGAAUUGGGACCGCCGGAAAAGGCUCAUUUGUAAAGAACUCAUUGGAUGGAACCCUGAUAUUAUCUGCCUACAAGAAGUAGACAAAUAUUUUGAUCUUUCCGAUAUGUUGGCAACAGCAGGAUAUCUCGGGUCGUAUAAGAGACGCACUGGAGGUUCUGUUGAUGGUUGUGCUAUGUUUUGGAAAGCUGAUAAGUUUAGGUUGUUAGAGGGAGAAAGCAUUGAGUUCAAGAGUUUUGGACUUGGUGAUAAUGUUGCUCAACUCUCUGUUUUUGAGAUGUGUAAUGCUGCAUCAAGAAGGUUAUUGAUUGGUAACAUCCAUGUGCUUUAUAACCCAAGGCGAGGGCAUGUUAAAUUAGGUCAAAUUCGCUCUCUCUUUUCAAGAGCACAAAACCUUUCUGAGAAAUGGGGUAAUGCCCCUGCUGUGCUUGCUGGUGAUUUCAAUAGCACUCCUCAGAGUGCUAUAUACAAGUUCUUGUCAUCAUCUGAGCUGAAUGUCAUGUUAUAUGACAGAAGAGAGCUAUCAGGGCAAAGAAGUUGUCAUCCUGCUCAAGUUUUAGGUCUCAAACAACAAUUUAGCAGUCCACUCAAGUCGAUAGACGGAUUAUUGAAAGAUUGCUGGACAGAUGAAGAAAUUAAAGUUGCAACAGGAAAAACUACUUGCAAUAUAGCUGUGCAUCCCUUGAAGCUCAAUAGUUCCUAUGCCACAGUGAGGGGUUCUUUGGGAACACGAGGAUCUAAUGGUGAACCUUUAGCCACUUCAUACCACUCCAAGUUCCUUGGAACUGUUGACUACUUAUGGCACUCUGAUUGUCUUGUACCUACAAAAGUUUUGGAUACCAUUUCGAUUGAUGUUCUCCAGAGGACUGGUGGGCUUCCCUGCAAGGAUAUAGGCAGCGAUCAUUUGGCCUUGGUUUCUGAGUUCGCCUUUACAACGCCCACCAAUGUGGGCAUAAAUGCAGCCACAUAAUGCAUCUCAGCUGCAGCCAAGCAUCAUGGAGUUAAAAACGAUUUCUUGGUACAAGGCAGCGUUACUUCUAACAUCAAUCCAUGAAAGAAGAAAAAAUUUUGGUAUCGUUUUGGUUAACUAGAUUGUAGAGAUUAAGUAUGGGGGAAAGUGAUGAGAUUACAGCUACUACCUGUUUCAUUAAGUUAUUAUGAAACUCGUUAAAGAAUUUCAAAGUAUUUCAUUCCUUCAUUUUUGUUGUGUUUAUGUUCACUUUUUUAUGCCUGUAAUGUAGAAAACAAUGUGAAUUUUCACAUAUUGGUAAAUAUUGAAUAUAAUCUCUCCUCUCUCUCCUUUGCCCAUUUUUCCACUACAA